AACACUCCAGUCCAGUUGGUGGCGGUAAUACACAAUAAGUUGCCUUGUCAACCUCCAUUAAACACUACAAGAAGAAGAAGCUGUUGACGGAAACUGGACAUGCAGAAGGUAGUCAAGACAACCGCGGCAUAUCAGGAUCUUCUGUAAAACCGGUCUGUUUCAUCGAACACACAGGGAUCAAUAUUUUUUAUCUUCAGUAAACUCCUUUAUGAAUUCGGGAAAUAAUUUCUGUUUUUCGACAAGUGAAGGUCCACUUCAUCGCAGAAUGAUUAAUGAAGACACUGAGGAUCAAACAGACAAAAUUGAACCAGAAGAAUCAUCAGCAUCAGGAUCUUCAUAUGAUUCCAUAAUGGCAGAAAAAUCUGAUUGUUUGCCGAUCAAAAACACUUUUCCAAAAAGAAAGCAAAGAACAGAAGCCAGCAAAUCUUUUUCUUGUGUUCAUUGUGGAAAGGGGUUUAAAAGAAAUUAUUGCCUUAUGAAGCACAUGAUAACCCACACUGAAGAAAAGAUUUUCACCUGCCCUCAGUGCGAGAAAAGUUACAAAAGCAAAGAAACAUUUAGAGGUCACAUAAGAAUUCACACUGGAGAACGUCCAUACACGUGUCUUCACUGUGGAAUGAGUUUUCGACAGAAAUUUAGUUUUAAUAACCACAUGAGAAUUCACACUGGAGAGCGCUCACAACCAUGUUCUCAAUGUGGAAAGAGUUUUAGACAAAAACGAAGUCUUAAACUCCACAUGAGAAUUCACACGGGAGAGCGUCCAUACCCAUGUCUUCAGUGUGGAAAGGGUUUUAUGCAUAAACAUAGUCUUAAAAACCACAUGAGAAUUCACACUGGAGAGCGCUCGCAACCAUGUUCUCAUUGCGGAAAGAGUUUCUCAGAUCCAAGUAAUCUAAAACUCCACAUGAGAAUUCACACCGGAGAGCGUCCAUACACAUGUCUUCAGUGUGGAAGAAGUUUCACACACAAAAAUACUCUUGAUAACCACAUGAAAAUUCACACAGGAGAGCGUCCAUACACAUGUCUUCAGUGUGGAAAGAGUUUCACACAGAAAAGUAGUCUUGAUUACCACAUGAGAUUUCACACCUGAGAACAUCCAUACACAUGUUUUUAGUGCGAAUAAAGUCGCACUAACAAAAAAUGACUUUACCCAUGUCUUCAGAGUGGAAAUUAGCUGGUUUGGGUGAAAAUGGUAAAAAAGUUGUUCCCAGACUAUGCUAUGUGGAUAUCGCAAUAGUUAACGCUGGUUCCCUGAGAUAAUGAAAACGAUCAUGGUGCUAUGGGAAAAAAAAAUUCUCUGAUACUGAAGCCUAUUGGUUAAUGUCUGUGAAAAUCACAGAACAAUAAGCAUGUGCAGCUACGCAAUGCUCAUUCCUACCUCAGAGAACCAGGAUUAUGUGAGUAAACUUACUAUUCCCUUUCAAUACAGUUUACUUUCGCGUUGCAUUAGUAGCUGAUGCUAUGGGAAAGUAUUCCAUCAUGCCAUGCUAAGAUGGACUUAAAGUGCAUUUGAGCGGGAGAUUGAGCACUCUUAUGGCCCAUGUAAACCCAGUAGCAUCAGUUCAGAGGUUUCAAAGCCCAUUGCUUGGCAAAAUAAUUAGCAUUUUUGCUAGGGGGAGGACAGGGACAUCAAAGCUAUAAUAUCUGUUUUGUACUGUUUUUCAGAGAUGUGCUUCUAGAAAACUUGGAUUGAGAAUGUUUCUUUGAAUGACUUUUAUAUAUUUCCUUACAUUCAAUUUAUUUUAUUGACUGCAGUAAAUUUUCAUUCAGUUGCGUUAUCACUAAUGUUAUGUGACUAAAAUUAAUUGUUUGUAUGUAUACAAGUUUAUCAUAAAUGUUUUUCUUAUGCUGGUUGAAAGUCUGUACCUGAUUGCGAUCAACAAUUAAAUUGGUCUAAAUUAUAAAAUGCAAGGUUGAAACGUUAAAAACGUUUCUUUACAGGCAUACACAAUGUCAUUACAUUUCACGCCUUUUGCCCCAGUGACAGGAUUUUUAUGUAAUUGUCUAGUUUUGUGAUAAAUCCUUUACAUUAUAAAUGGAUAUAUUGAAUAAACAAAAUACAAUAUGAA